UCCUGCCCCGGCAGGUGCUGGUCACUGGUUCCAGCCCAGGAGUGCCCUGGGAGAGGAAGACCUGCGGUGAGCUUUGUGUGCUUGCUUCCUGGUUGGGAAAUUUUGGCGGGCACUCACAUCCUGCGCUGGAUGUGUGGACAGCUGCCACUCCUCUUGCCCCUCACAGUCACUCCACAGCCCCUGCCUGCCCCGAGGCUCCAGGGCACUGCCGCAGGUCCCAGUGUGGUCUCACCUGGAGCCCUCGGCAAGGCUGCGUGCACACACCUUCCAGGUCGCAGCCCCCUGUCCGCGGGCAGCAUCUGCUCCUCCCUGCCAGUGAGGGCUGCAGGCAACUGCUCAGCAUCCCCUGUCAGCCCCUGGGUUCCUCUCUGGGGACCCUAGCUGCAGGGAGCUCUGUGCUCGUGGAUCUCAGAGAACAUCAAGAAGAAGCAGUGUGUAUACUUUGUGGAGAGCGCCAGGCUGUCGGACUCUGGAGAGGUGGUGUGUGAGUGUGGCUACCCUCGUGAGAAGCACCCAGAAGAGGUCACCAAGCCCAUGGCCUUCCAGGGCAAGGAGUGGGACCUGAAGACACACGUGCAGGAGAUGGCCACGGACGCCUUUGGGGACAUUGUCUUCGCUGGCCUGGGCCAGAAGCUGGGGAAGUACGUCCGCGUGUCCCAGGACACACCGUCCAGUGUCAUCUACCAACUCAUGACCCAGCACUGGGGCCUGGACAUCCCCAACCUGCUCAUCUCAGUGACCGGUGGGGCCAAGAACUUCAACAUGAAGCCCAGGCUGAAGAGCCUCUUCCGCAGAGGCCUGGUCAAGGUCGCGCAGACCACAGGGGCCUGGAUCAUCACUGGGGGCUCCCACGCCGGCGUGAUGAAGCAGGUUGGGGAGGCAGUGCGGGACUUCAGCACGAGCAGCAGCUACAAGGCGGGGGAGGUCAUUACCAUCGGGGUGGCCACGUGGGGCGCCGUCCACAACCGGCAGAGUCUGAUCAAUGUUAAGGGGUGCUUCCCUGCCGAGUACACCAUGGACGAGGAGGGCCAGGGCAGCCUCACGUGCCUGGACAGUAACCACUCCCACUUCAUCCUGGUGGACGACGGCACGCACGGCCGGUACGGGGUCGAGAUCCCCCUGAGGACCAAGCUGGAGAAGUACAUAUCGGAACAAAGAAAGGAGAGAGGCGGUGUGGACAUCAAGAUCCCCAUUGUCUGUGUGGUGCUGGAGGGUGGCCCUGGCACGCUGAACACCAUCUACAACGCCAUCACCAACGGCACACCCUGUGUGGUAGUGGAGGGCUCAGGUCGUGUGGCCGACGUCAUCGCCCAGGUGGCCUGCCUGCCCGUCUCUGCCGUCACUGUGGCCCUGAUCCAGCAGAAACUGAGCCUCUUCUUCCAAGAUGACUUCGAGACCUUCACCGAGAACCAGUUCAUCGAGUGGACCAAGAAGAUCCAGGACAUCGUCCGCCAGCGACAGCUGUUGACCAUCUUCCGGGAGGGCAAGGAUGGCCAGCAGGAUGUGGACGUGGCCAUCCUGCACGCCUUGCUGAAAGCCUCGCGGAGCCAUGACCACUUUGGCCAAGAGAACUGGGACCACCAGCUGAAGCUGGCCGUAGCCUGGAACCGCGUGGACAUUGCCCGCAGCGAGAUUUUCACUGAUGAGUGGCAGUGGAAGCCCUCAGAUCUGCACCCCAUGGUGCUGGCCGCGCUCAUCUCCAACAAGCCCGAGUUUGUGCGGCUGUUCCUGGAGCAAGGGGUGCAGCUGCAGGACUUUGUCACCCAGGACACGCUCUUGCACCUCUACAAUAACCUCGAGCCCUUGUGCCUGUUCCACUGCAAGCUGCGAGAGGUGCUGGCCGAGGACGCGGCUGCCGAGACCCUGCAGAUGCACCACGUGGCCCAGGUGCUGCGUGAGCUGCUGGGUGACUUCACACAGCCACUGCACCCACGGCCCCACUGCAGCGACCAGACACGGCUGCCCAAGUCCAAGUUCUGUGUGCAGGCAGUGAGUCUCCGGUCACUCUAUAAACGCUCCACCAACCACACCACCUCCACCGUGGACCCCAUGCGGGACCUCCUCAUUUGGGCCGUUGUCCAGAACCGCUGGGAGUUGGCGGGCAUCGUCUGGGCUCAGAGCCAGGACUGCAUUGUGGCGGCCUUGGCGUGCAGCAAGAUCCUGAAGGCGCUGAGCCAGGAAGAGAAGGACACGGACACCUCGGAGGAGAUGCAGGCACUGGCCAGGGAGUUUGAGCACAGGGCCAUCGGUGUCUUUACCGAGUGCUACCGGAAGGAUGAGGAGAGGGCCCAGAAGCUGCUGAUCCGUGUGUCGGAGGGCUGGGGCAAGACCACCUGCCUGCAGCUGGCCCUGGAGGCCAAGGCCAUGAAGUUUGUGUCUCAUGGGGGCAUCCAGGCCUUCCUGACCAAUGUGUGGUGGGGCCAGCUGUGUGUGGACACCAGGCUGUGGCAGGUGCUGCUGUGCCUGCUCUUCUUCCCGCUGCUGUUCACAGGCCUGGUCUCCUUCAGGAACAAGAGGCCACGGGCCCCAAGGGGCCUGGCCCGCAUCUCUGCCUUCUUCACAGCACCCGUGGUCGUCUUCCUCCUGUACACGCUGUCAUAUUUCGCCUUCCUCUGCCUCUUCGCCUAUGUGCUCAUGGUGGACUUCCAACCCACACCGUCCUACUGCGAGUACCUGGUUUACCUGUGGCUUCUGUCCCUCGUGUGUGAGGAGAUACGGCAGCUCCUCUGUGACCCUGACGAGUACGGGCUGGUGAAGAUGGUGGCCUUGUACUUAAGCGACUUUUGGAACAAGCUGGACGUGGCAGCCAUCCUGCUCUUCAUAGUGGGGCUGAUCUGCAGGCUCAUCCCGGCCACACUGUACCCCGGGCGUGUGGUCCUCGCCCUGGACUUUAUCAUGUUCUGCCUGAGGCUCAUGCACAUCUUCACGGUCAACAAGAUCCUGGGGCCCAAGAUCAUCAUCGUGAAGCGCAUGAUGAAGGACGUCUUUUUCUUCCUCUUCCUGCUGGCUGUGUGGGUGGUGUCCUUUGGGGUGGCCCAGCAGGCCAUCCUCAUCCACAAUGAGAACCGUGUGGACUGGAUCUUCCGUGGGGUUGUCUACCACUCGUACCUCACCAUCUUCGGCCAGAUCCCCCGCUAUGUUGACGGCGUGGAUUUCAACCUGGACCAGUGCAGCCCCAAUGGUACUGACCCCUACAAGCCCAAGUGCCCCGAGAGCGACGCCACGCGGCAGGUGCCAGCCUUCCCUCAGUGGCUGACGGUCACGCUGCUCUGCGUCUACCUGCUCUUCACCAACAUCCUGCUGCUGAACCUGCUCGUCGCCAUGUUCAACUACACGUUCCAGGAGGUGCAGGAGCACACGGACCAGAUCUGGAAGUUCCAGCGCCAUGGCCUGAUCAAGGAGUACUACAGCCGGCCCCCCGCGCCGCCCCCGCUCGCCCUGCUCAGCCACCUGCAGCUGCUGGUCUUCAGGGUCUUCGGGGGGACCCAGGCCAAGGCCACCCCAAAGCUCAAGAACAAGCUGGAGGAGAUGGAGGAGGCAGCACUGCUGUCCUGGGAAACAUACCUGAAGGAGAACUACCUUCACCACCGGCAGGCCCAGCAGGAGCAGAGGCUGGAGCACAGGAUCCAGGACAUCGGCCGCAAGGUGGAUGGUCUGGUGGACCUGUUGGACAUGGAUCAUCUGAAGAGGCUGGGCUCUGUGGAGCAGAGGCUGGACACCUUGGAGGGGCAGUUGGCACAGAUGGCCAGAGCCUUGCAGUGGAUCACCAGGGCCCUGAGGGACAGCAACUUUGACUCAGAAGUGGAUGCCCCCACGCUGGUGUCCCCUAUGGCCGUGGAGGAGCCAGGCUUGGAGCCCGGCAGCAGCAGGCUGGCCGAGGAAGCCGGGGAUGGCUACCACGUGAAUGCCCGGCACCUCCUGUACCCCGGCUGCCCUGUCACCCGCUUCCCGGUGCCCAACGAGAAAGUGCCCUGGGAGACAGAAUUCCCCAUCUAUGACCCUCCGAGCUACACGGUCGAGAGGAGGGACCCGACCACCACGGACCCCGUGGGAGACACCCUGGAGCUCUUAGCCAACAUCAGCUACAAUGCAAUGGAUGGACUGACUGACCGUCGCAGCUUCCACGGGGUCUAUGGCGUGUGGGACGGGCUGCCCCGGAACCCCAUGGGCCGCACCGGGUUGCGUGGACGUGGCAGCCUCCGUCGCUUCGGACCCAACCAUGAACUGCACCCUGUGAUCACCCGGUGGAGGCGUGGCAUGGACGGAGCCAUCUGCAGAAAGAGUGUGAAGAAGAUGCUGGAGGUGCUGGUGCUGAGACGGCCUGUGUGGGAGCACUGGGCCCUGCCGGGGGGCUCCCGGGAGCCGGGGGACGUGCUGCCGCGGAAGCUGAAGCAGACCCUGGGGCAGGAGUGCUGGCUGCCCGUGGAGAACCUGCUGCGGCAGGGCACUGAGGUGUACAAAGGCUACGUGGAUGACCCCAGGAACACAGACAAUGCCUGGAUCGAGACGGUGGCCGUGAGCGUCCACUUCCAGGACCAGAAUGACACAGAGCUCAAAAGGCUCAACACGCACCUGCUCACCGACGACUCGGGGCCGUGCAUCCAGUGGGAGGUGGUGGACAGGCGCAUGCCGCUCUAUGCGGACCAGAAGACCAUCCUGCGGCGGGCAGCCACCCUGCUGGAGGCUCACUACUGACUGGGUGGUAGAGCCUCAGGCUCACGGGCCUUAGACUUGGCAUGCCUGGCAACUGCUGCAUGGCAAAGCCUACCUUGGGCAAGCAGGACAUUGUGACCAGUCCAUCCCAUGCAAAUCAGGCGGAACAGAACCUCCGCCCUUGUUCCUGCUCGAGUAAUUAGUUCCUCCCUGUUUCAAUAUAGAUGAUUAGUUCCUUCCCUGCUUCAAUGAAGAUGCUUAGUUCCGGGAAAGCCCUCCCCGCCCCCCUCCCCUAGAGAAGGUAAUACCUGAGGCGUAAGA